AUGGAUGUCGAUCUUGAUACGCUUCCCCCAAUCUUCUUGUACCUCGAUGACACCCCUAUACGUGCCUAUAUUUUUUACCAUAUUGAUUUUGUAGAACUUGAAGACCAUUCUGUACCCGAUCAUGAUACUGUCCUUCGAGGCUUGCAAAAUUAUCAUCCUAUUCACUACCCGUAUGAAUGGUUACUAUAUGAAAACGGGGCUGUUAUUGUUAACUAUGACGACAUCAAUGAGUAUUAUAUUCGUCAACCACAAUCAUCUUCCUCCACCGCUACCUUCCAAACCAUGUCUGAAAGACAUAUCUACGAGUAUGAUGAAGUUUCUUUUAUACAAGUAGCCAUCAACGAGAGCUUUGAACAAGCAGCAAAUUACGUGCCACGCAGUGGAUUGACCAAGAAACUCAUCUCCGAGAACCUACAAGUAACCAAGUAUUGUGAAGAAGAAGAAGAGGAAGAAGGUGAGCUUUGUGUGGUAUGCCAAGUUGAAUUCGAAAGCAAUGAGAGAGUAGCGGUGCUUCCAUGCAAACAUCGAUAUCACCCAAGAUGCAUCACACAAUGGUUGGUUCGGCAAAAUGUGUGCCCUAUUUGUAAGGGUCAAGGUUUAUCAGUAUAG